CCGGCUUAUACAUUUUCCAAAUUGAUUUUUCCCAAAUUAAUUUCAAUUCCAACACUUUUUUAUCGAUUUUAUUACUCAAAACGAGUUGGGGUCAUCUAGCUACUGGUUGAAAUUGCACCCCUGGAUGUCAGACAGUUGACAGUUGACACGAAUCAUCUGGCGGCAAAAUAAAUUAGGUUAGGUGUUGUUAGUUUACUCGGAAAAUCAUCAAAAACCUCAAUAUAAUGAAACUUGUGUGUAGUGUCCGUGUCGAGAAUCGCUUACUACCGGCUUUGGCUAUAAAAUCCAAGCAAAAGUACGCUCAGUCAACGUUGGCGUUGUGCAAACACCCGAAUUCCGAAGACUAUUGCAUUAUUUUGUUUACAAAUCAAAACAAGAAUGGCACGAAGUACGGCGUUCGGGGGAACAUAAGCCAAAUAUUGACCCGUUUCAUAAACGAUGGAAAGGCCACAAUUCAGUUCAAAAUGCCCCCACAUGACCUAUUCGUGCAGUGCGAUGUUUUGCAAUUGAAGAGUUUUCUUCACUUGUUGAAGAGAGUACUCGAAAAUAAAAUCUCGCCGAAAGAACUGACCUGUUCCAGCAUGUCUGUGACACCAGUUGCCAAAAACACCGCCCCCAAAAAACUAGUGAUACGAAGUCGCGCCGAAUACCCAGCUCGGGGAUUCCCCCGAACGCUUGAGUCUCUCUACGUCAAUGGCAUCAAGCGGUGUGGCUUAGACAUAGGAAUUUUACGGUUAACUAAACUUAAAAUUCUCGAUUUGAGCCAAAAUUGCAUCGAAUUUAUCCCAGAAGAAUUGAACAAGUUGCACUUAAGCGAGGUAAAUUUAUCACAAAACUGCUUGAAUAAAUCAAGUCCACGACAGUGGGCCUGGCUCGGAGGCAACUUAUCCAAAUCUCUGACUUUACUCAACUUGGAAUCAAACAAUUUAAAAUAUCUCCCUGACCAAUUAGCCAAACUCUACAAUCUAAUCACUUUAAAUGUUAACAAUAACGAAUUGAAAUUUUUACCAAACUGUCUCAGUAAUUUACGAAACUUGCGUAACUUGGUCGCGUCGAAUAACAACUUGACCGUGUUGCCAGGGAGCAUAAAACAGUGUCGGUUCAAAUUUUUGGAUUUGUUCAACAAUAAUUUUGAGGCAAACAGUACGGAAAAAAUCGCACCUCCGACACACCUACCGGUGUUUUCGCUCAAAGAGUGUGCCGGGAGGCGAGUCCUCGAACUCAAAUUAUUUUACUCCUCAAAUACCAUUCCCCACACACUUGUCAAAUAUUUAGAUUGUGCGAAAUACUGCGAGUGUGGAAAGGCUUGUUUUGAGUCAUUUAUUCGCGUUCCGGGGAGUUUCCUAGUUUCGGGGAUUACCGAAGAUUUGAUCGUGUCCCCAAACUCAAUGAUGCUUCCCCUUGAUUGUUAUUUUUGCUCGUUGAGGUGCUUCCGAACUUUGCAUUUCACGCGCAGUCGAAAUCCCGUUAUUAGAUAGGACGCAAUUGACCUAAGUUAGGUGUGAUAUUUUGUAAGAUAAAAUUUAGGUGUUUUUUCGUCGCGAUCUCAAUGUACAUUUUUUACGACUUUUCUCUCUAUUUAAAUAAAUAAAUAAAUGUGAAAUUUUAAA